AAAAAAAGAAUUAUUAUUAAAUAAACCAAAAAUCCCCAAAACAAAAAAAAAAUCUUCUCCUUGGAAUAAGUGAUUGCAAGUUUCGCAGACCUUCAAACUUUCCAUUUUCAUUGCAGAAAUCCGUUAACGUUUCAGAGAAAAAGAAGAAGAAGAAAGAAGAAAAAAAAAAGAGUUAAACCAUUCAACGUUAGGUUUCAGGGAGGAGCACGUGACGACCGGUUGGUUUAACUGUGGCGGAGAAUGUGAGGCGAAGUAUGUCGUAUAUGAGGAAGAAGGAGAGUAGUCCAGUUUCGCCAUUGAAGAAGCGACGAGCCAGCUGGUCGGAACUUUGGGUUAACCACCACCAUUUACUGUCUUCCUCGCCGCUCGAUUUGGCUUCCAGGUUUCAGUCUCCAAUCGCCAAAUCCAAAACCCUACUCCCCAAUUCCUGCAUGACCGAUCUCACCCUUCUCUUAUCUGACCUCACCCUCCUCACAAUCAUCGACAAGGUCCCUAAAUCUCACCGGAAGGAUCUUUCUUUGGUCUGCAAGAGAUGGCUCAGGCUCCAUGGCCGCCUUGUACGUUCGAUUAGGGUAUCGGAUUGGGAAUUUCUCGCGUCUGGUCGGCUGGUUUCGAGGUUCCCCAAUCUGGAUAACGUUGAUUUGGUCAGUGGGUGUUUGAUUUCGCCGCCAAAUUCAGGUAUUUUAGUUAACCACAGGAUAGUUUCGUUUACUGUUGGUGUAGGGUCGUACCAGAGUUGGAGCUUCUUUGAGGAGAACUUGUGUUCUGUUGAAAUGGUUGAUAGAGGGCUAAGAACCCUUGCAGGUGGCUGCUCCAAUCUCCGUAAACUCGUAGUGACGAACACUAGUGAAUUAGGUUUGUUGAAUGUAGCUGAGGCUUGUUCCAGGUUGCAAGAACUCGAGCUGCACAAGUGCUCUGACAGUGUUCUGCUUGGGAUUGGUGCCUUUGAGAAUCUUCAGAUCUUGAGACUGGUCGGGAGCGUCGAUGGUUUGUAUACCUCUUUGGUUUCGGAUAUCGGCCUGAUGAUCUUGGCUCAAGGGUGCAAGAGACUGGUGAAGCUUGAGCUCGUCGGAUGCGAAGGAGGAUUCGACGGGGUUAAAGAAAUAGGCGGAUGCUGUCAAAUGCUCGAGGAACUCACUGUUUGUGAUCAUAAGAUGGAGUCAGGUUGGCUUGGGGGUCUUGGAUAUUGUGAGAAUCUCAAGACGCUGAAACUCGUGUCUUGUAAAAAGAUCGACCAUGAUCCUUGUCUAGGUGAGUGCUUGAGUAGUUGUUGUCCUGCGCUCGAGCGGUUGCACUUGGAGAAGUGUCAACUAAGAGAUAAGAACACCAUAAAGGCUUUGUUUAAGAUGUGUGAAGCGGCGCGAGAGAUUGUUUUCCAAGAUUGUUGGGGAUUGGAUAAUGAUAUCUUCAGCUUGGCAAUGGCUUUCGGGAGAGUGAAGCUCCUGUAUCUAGAAGGAUGCUCAUUGCUAACAACAUCAGGUCUAGAAUCAGUGAUUCUACACUGGCACGAGCUGGGACAUCUGAAAGUGGUUUCGUGCAAGAACAUUAAAGAUUCAGAAAUCUCUCCGUUGCUGUCAGCAUUGUUCUCAGAUUUGGUAGAAUUGCAGUGGAGACCAGACACCAGAUCCCAUCUCUGUUCAAGCCUUACAGGGGCUGGAAUUGGGAAGAAAGGCGGAAAGUUUUUCAAAAAAGCAUGAAAGCUUAUUACGAAUCCUCAAAACUUUUUUUUGAAACUUUAUCAGCUUCUCUUUCUUUCUUCUCGUUGAACAAAGUAGCAAUUGCUGUAAAUUUCUUUCUUCUCGUUGAACUUGACUGUUUGUAAUCAGAGAUUCAUGGCUCAGGGAUCGCUAUUUUACCUUUACUUCCCCUUUAAAAAGAGUUGUGAUUUAUUACAUUA